CUCUAUCUCACCUGGAGAGCUUCGAACAUGACCGCCAGUUGAUUCCUGCGAAAAAUUUCCGGAAUCUGCUUCCGCCGUCUCUAUCUCACGGACCGUCCUUUAGUUCGAAUCCCGGCGGACUUCGCGAUUUUCACUGUGCGUUUGUCUAUCUUUGUUCUACGGGGUGCCCCGUGUGCCUCAUAAACAGCGCGUGAUCCCAUGCGCAAUACGUUGACUUCAUGGUGUGCUGUUCGAUUUGCGUUGUCGUUCGCAGACAGUAUGUCUUCUUCCAAGGGCGAGGUGAAGCCAACAGGGACCUCCGGGAAGGAAUCACGAAAAGAUUCCACGAGGCGGUCGUCUACUGCCACGCAGGGGUGGUCGAACCACUCGAGGUCGAAAUGGUUCAUCGACUGGUGCUGUGGAGACGCUUCCAACUCCACUGCGCAGCCAUGUGGUCCUGUCAUCUUCAUCGGUGACAGCAGAAGGCGUAGAGUGCUUGGUGUCGUCUUGCGGUGGGAGGACGCAAAGGGGGGCCGACGACAUUUCUAUAUGCAGAAAGUUUAUGGCGCCAAGGGCAACGUCGUUGCCAAUUCGAAAGGGACGUUGUUGGACCUCGAAUUGUGUGAGGGGUUCGGAGCGGGUGCUGUGAACACCCCGUUCUACAGAGAACUCGUUCUCGGGGGCGGUUUUGUUUUGGCGCUUGAAUUUUUCGACAUGUUGGAGGACAAAAACAUCGCUCUAGACGUCCCCUGGGACGUCAACCCAUCCCUGGAGCUGUCGUUGCCGUUGAAGCUCUGCAGCGGUUGCGAGUCAAGCGGGGCAGCGGCAGAGGGCGGUGAUCUGGGUUCUGGUCCCGCCACUCAGGUGCACCGUGGCGAGAGCCGAGGCUCGCAAGGAGCUCCGCAAAAGAGGAGGGGGGAUAGUCCAGACGAGUUCGCCGGUUCUACGAAGAAGUUAAAGAGCAAGGCCCCCAGGACUGCGGGGGAGAAACGCAAGGGGACCGAGGGGGAGCAGGGCCGGCAGGUUGCCAAACGACCGUCUUCGAGACAGAAGCAGCCUGAGUCUGGACCGUCUUCUCCACCGACAACAGGGACUCCCAUCGACGUCGACGCCGAGUACUUCCUCCAGUACAAAGACGACGUUCGGACAAAGCGGGAGUUCGACAUUAGCCCUGCGCAGGUCGUCGACCUCGGGGAUUGGGAGGACCUGUACAACCAGCGGUCCCUAAAUCCCGUGCUCGUGGAAGGGAUCAAAGAAGCGAUGCGGUUGGCGUUCGAAAACAAAGCGCAGUCUUACGAUUUACCAACCCUGAAACUGGCACCGCUAGGGCUUGAUAAACCGACUCCGGGGACCAAGGCAGAACGUCUGAGGCCGGAGGAUUGGAGGGAUGAGCCGGCGGGACAAUACUACUACUACGCGGUGUGUGGGAAGCACAACGCAGCUGCAGCAAGGUCGCUGCUCGGCAGCGAGGUGGCCAGGAAAUACAAUUUUGAGCGGUGGCCUGCACGAAUGGUCUACUUUUCGGACGACGACUUCGAAGGGUACUUCCUUGUCAGUUCCCGGGACAACAAGGACCUGAAGGCGCCCCCACGACAGCUGAAGCUGUCAAUGAGGGACAUUAGGUGGCAGUGGAAGCGCGUCGGUUGCCCGCGUGCUGUUAUGGGGAACCCCAUCGGAAAACAGGAUCAGGUCCGGAAGUGGCGUGAAUUCUGUAAUGUCGCACUCAACAUGACACCGCACAACAACUUGUGGAUUCUCGCAGAUCAGCAGGGCGAGGAGGCCAUCAGGAAACAAGGCGCUGCCUUGCGUUCCUAUUUCCCGCUGGCGAUGGCAGGGGAGAACGUCUGGAAACUGGCCGUCGAGUUUUUCGAGAAAUGGGAGACAGGCAGAUUGCUCGGACACGACGGCGCAAAGUGGAUCAUGCGGAAGAAGAAAGUCAAAAACGUGAAGCCUGGGGUUGGAUACAUCCAUAAUGACAAGCUGGGCAGGAAGGAGGUCGUGUACAACAUCCCUGUGGACCCACCGACAAAGAAAGGCAAAAAGGAGAAAGAGGAGGGCAAGUGGUUCGUUCAAGUGCCAGAGCCGGACGCGCAUUGUUGGAAAACGAUGGAGUCGCUGACAGACAACGAGAAGUGCCGCAUCCUGAAGAAGGUGCUCGCUUGCGAGGUGGUUUGGGUACAGGUCGGCUCCCCAGCGUUGGCGAAGCUCGGAAAGCUGAGCGUCCAGGAGAUGGUGAAUUUGGUGAAGUGCGACCGGGUACUGGUGCGUUUGUGGAACUACUACCAGUUCAAGCACGACAAAAGGUCGGACGCGGAUUGGAGCCAGAGGUUCCCGUUCCUAAAAUCAAGGUUCGCAAUUUUCAGACAAUUUGAGAGUCGUGGUUUGGAUGCUGAGUUGUGGGAUGGGAGCACGAAAUACGUCACUGACUCCUCGCUGUUCAAGGACUGCCCGCCCUACAUGGGCUGCGACGACGAUAGAUCGAUCGAGGCGACGAAGAAGCUGGCCGGUCACAAGAAGUUGUCCGUCGACUGGAGGAAUAAGGUCCUGUCCGUGUUGACUGGCAGUAGACUGAAGAGUCGAGAGAUCGCGCUCGCCGAAGGCAUUGUGCACAUAAAAUGGAAUGACACGGGCGACGUGACAUCCAUCACGCCAUUCUGCAACGACCCCUUGGAGGCAGACAUAAGGAGUGCGGAGGUGAAGGAGGCAGUGGUUGCCACAAAGAGACGGCACGUCAUCGCGAUGGAAGGGAACUCCGAGCUCUUACAAUUUACAAUUGAUCUCGUCAAAAGCGAGGUCAAUUCGGGUGCCCACAAUUGCGAGUUCAUGGUCGUCACCGAGACUCGGGCCCGCGCGUGGAACAACAAGUCGGACAUGUGGUUCAAGUUGAGUACGAGGAAGCGGAACAAGAUAUACGACUUGUUGUUCCUGCAAACGCGGCCGAAGAGAAACACUGAUGCCGAGUACGUGCGCCGCAAGGACCACAUGUUCACGUUGCUCGACAACUACCACGGCGCCUCCCGCAUGAACGCGAAGACCUUCCUCGAGAGGUUGCAGUCCCUUUACUUCGUGGAGUCAGAGGAGGAGCUGAUGUUCGACAGUUACUCCUCCUUGAUCUCCACGGAAGACGAGGAGACCACCGACAUCGAGUUCGACGCGACCGCGGACGAGGAGGGCAGCGACACCGAAAGCCUCGAUCUGCAGUACGACCAACAUUUCGCGCAGCACGCUACAGGGUCGUCCUUGGCAGGUCUGUCGACAAGCCCAGCAUCCCUCGUGUCACCGAUGGCGAAACCGGCGCCUGGCACUACCCCGAUGAAGUUGCUGCAGAGAAUGCAAUCUCUGGCCUCCGACCAUCGCUCACUGCGUCCCGAGUCUGACAUCCCGCCCGAUCAUCUGUCUUGGACGAAUGCCAACAUUCACUUCCUGCCUGAGCCUCAAAGUCGUUCCACGGAGGCGGACUGGGGCCAUGACAUGAUUUGGCAUCCAGGAGUCAUCCAGCCGGCGAUCCAAAAUGGGUCCCGGGGACCGGACGGUGGGGAGAACGAGGGCGACGAGGCUGGGGGCGGCAAACGAGUCCCGGGAAGACAACACGAGGGCGACAAGGCUAAGGGCGGGUCUCAGGGCGACACCACGACAACGGAAGGCAGCGGCGGGGUGGCGGGGGAGGCCCUCGGGCGUCAGCAGUCUACCGGUCCCGGUCCGGAAUGCUCGGCACAGUCGGAGGACGUGCCCAGUUCAUCCGCCUGCUCGGUGAUGGCGGCCUUGGUUGCUCUCCGUGCCGGCUCGGUCGAAAUGUUCAAGUCCGCCGGGAUCCGAACUUCAAUGCUUGCAGAGCGGACAGAGAGGACGGACGCGCAGAGCUGGUUAGGACCGGGGGUGGCGAGUCGUCAUCCCAAAAUAGACAGCGGUGCGGUGAGGGACGGGACUUCGCCGCCUGCGGGGGAUCGCCAACCGCUUCGGUCGGAGCGAGAGGGUGCGUGUGGAGGGCCCGGCGACAGGGAGACGGCGAAGUUCGCCGGGAUCCGAACUUCUCCAGGCAAGGCGUGUGUAGGGCCCGGCGACAGGGAGACGACGAAGUUCGCUGGGAUCCGAACUUCUUCAGGCAAGGCGUGUGGAAGGCCCAGCGACAGGGAGUCGGCGAAGUUCGCCGGGAUCCGAACAUCUUCAGGCAAGGGGGGCCAACCAGGGAUAUUGGUCCAGGCGGGAGGGGCUGCGUGCGGCGGGCGGGAAGCGCAUUCAUCGGAAAUCGACACGGGUUCGGGCGAAGUGGCUGCAUUGCAUGCAGGGGAAGAAGGCAGGGUGAUGGACAAAGAGAAGGAAGUGGAGGACGGAGACACAGGGGAGGAAUUGGAGGAAGGAGGGGAGGAAGGGGAGGAAGAAGAGGAUGAAGGAGGGGAAGGGGAAGAAACAGAGUUGGCUGGGUUGCUAGGAGGGCAGGAGGGGGGAAAAGGUGAACUCGAUACAGGAGACAACGAAUGGACUUUCUGCGAUGACGAUGACAGAUCUGGGGAGUCUUCUGACGGAUUCGGGCAGCUGUACGGAGAACACCGCGAGGAAGACGACGACGACGAUGACACGGCACUGGGUAUGGAGACACAGGUGGUCACAAGCCUUUCCGCAGAACGUGAUGACUAUGAGGUCCAAGCAAUGACGUCUGCCGUCGAUCUCCAACACCGGUUCAACGAAGCUCGUGUAGCAGUCAGCCUGACUAAACCGAGUGUGCGUAUUGACAUCGAAGAAGUUAUCGACGACAUCCUGGACGACCACCACAUGUCCGCGCAGCCGUCCUCGACGCCUGGUGUCGACGACCCUCUCGACGUCAAACCUUCCGGGGGAUCUGUCGUCGAUUUCUCGCCGACGAGCUCUCUGAUGCUGCCGCCGACCAUCGCCAGCGGAGGAGAACGCGGGAUCGGGGGACGACAAGAUGUCACAUCCCCGAAAAAAACUGCCGCCGGUAGUCGAGCUCUCGACGUGCUGGCCUUGCCCGCGCCAACUUCGUCGAUUAAGGAGCGGAGAGACAAACCAGCUGGUAAGCAGUGACAAACGCCACUCUGUCUGCGCGCCAGUGACCACAGUGUCUGUCAAUGCGCACGAG